AUGAGCUUCCACCUUACCGCCGAGAGCCUCCGGCUUGAGGAGAAGCAUAUCCUCGUUGCUCAGCUUCGCAAUGCGGACGGUGAGCUUGUUGACUCGUCCAUCGAUUUGAACACUAUCAUCGGAAAUGUUGACGGCCACUUGGAAUGGGGUGGUCAGAACUUCAGCGAGAGCGCUCAAGAGGUCCAGUUCGGCAUCGAGUCCGAAAACGAGGUUCCUAUUCUUCGGGCUUUGCUGAAGAAGACUGAUGAGGAGUGGGCUGCUGCGGAUGUUAACCUGUCUGAGCGUAUUGUGAAUGAGAAUGGGGCUUUUGUGUUUGUUUAG